AUGGCGGACGGUGAAGAGGCGACGAAGAAGAAUUUGCAAACGAGUUACUUUGACGUCGUCGGAAUCUGCUGUUCAUCGGAGGUUUCUAUUGUCGGAGACAUUCUCCGUCCGCUUGACGGCGUCAGGGAUUUCUCCGUCAUCGUCCCUUCUAGAACCGUCAUCGUUGUCCACGACUCCCUCUUGAUUUCUCCGCUUCAAAUCGUGAAUGCUCUGAAUCAAGCAAGACUAGAGGCAAGCGUGAGACCAUACGGAGAGACGAGCUUAAAGAGUCAACGGCCAAGCCCUUUCGCUGUGGUUUCUGGUGUAUUGCUUGCUCUCUCCUUCCUCAAAUACUUGUACACUCCGCUUGCGUUGCUCGCUAUUGUUGCUGUGGUUGCUGGAAUCUUCCCAAUUCUAGCUAAAGCUUUUGCUUCGGCCACAAGGUUCAGGCUUGACAUCAACGCUCUCACUCUAAUCGCUGUGAUCGCAACAAUAUGCAUGCAAGAUUACACAGAAGCUGCCACAAUUGUGUUUCUAUUCUCUGUUGCAGAUUGGCUAGAGUCAAGUGCUGCUCACAAGGCAAGCACAGUGAUGUCAUCGCUGAUGAGCUUAGCGCCAAGAAAGGCAGUGAUAGCAGAAACAGGACAAGAAGUUGACGUAGAUGAGGUUGCGAUAAACACAGUGGUUUCAGUAAAAGCUGGAGAAAGCAUACCGAUCGAUGGAGUUGUGGUGGAUGGAAGCUGUGAUGUGGAUGAGAAAACAUUGACAGGAGAGUCAUUCCCUGUCUCCAAACAAAGAGACUCAACUGUUUUGGCUGCAACCAUAAAUCUUAACGGUUAUAUAAAGGUGAAAACUACAGCUCUAGCGAAAGAUUGCGUGGUUGCGAAGAUGACUAAACUUGUAGAAGAAGCACAGAAAAGCCAAACCAAAACUCAAAGGUUUAUAGACAAAUGUUCUCGCUACUACACUCCAGCUGUUGUUGUGAUAGCAGCAUGUUUUGCUCUCAUCCCGGUUUUGCUAAAAGUUCAAAACUUAAGCCAUUGGUUUCACUUAGCACUUGUAGUGUUAGUUAGUGGCUGUCCAUGUGGUCUUAUCCUAUCCACACCUGUGGCUACCUUUUGUGCUCUCACUAAGGCAGCCACGUCAGGGUUUCUGAUCAAAACCGGUGAUUGUCUAGAAACCUUGGCCAAGAUCAAGAUUGCUGCUUUUGACAAAACAGGAACUAUCACAAAAGCUGAGUUCACUGUCUCGGACUUUAGGUCUCUUUCUCACAAUAACACUCUACACAAUCUGGUUUACUGGGUCUCGAGCAUCGAGAGCAAGUCAAGCCAUCCAAUGGCAGCUGCACUUAUUGACUACGCAAGAUCGAUUUCUGUUGAGCCUAAUCCUGACAUGGUGGAGAACUUUCAGAACUUUCCAGGAGAAGGAGUUUACGGGAGAAUAGAUGGUCAAGACAUCUACAUUGGAAACAAAAGAAUUGCACAGAGAGCUGGAUGCUUAACAGUUCCGGAUAUUGGAGCUAAUAUGAAGCGAGGUAAGACCAUUGGUUACAUAUACAUUGGAGAAGAACUAACCGGAAGUUUCAACCUUUUGGACGGUUGUCGACAUGGGGUUGCUCAAGCUCUAGAGGAGCUCAAUUCCUUAGGCAUCAAAACUGCAAUGCUCACAGGAGAUAACCGAGACGCAGCCAUGUCUACUCAAGAACAGCUAGGGAAUGCUUUGGAUAUUGUUCACUUUGAACUUCUUCCGCAAGACAAAGCAAGAAUCAUCGCUGAGUUCAAGAGCCAAGGGCCUACAAUGAUGGUAGGAGACGGGCUUAACGAUGCACCGGCCUUGGCUAAAGCAGACAUUGGCAUCUCAAUGGGGAUCUCAGGGUCAGCACUUGCAACAGAGACAGGAGAUAUCAUUCUUAUGUCCAACGACAUAAGGAGGAUUCCUAAAGGGAUGAGAUUAGCGAGGAGAAGUCAUAGGAAAGUGAUUGAGAAUGUGGUUUUGUCUGUGAGCAUAAAAGGAGCGAUCAUGGUGCUUGGCUUUGCUGGUUACCCUUUGAUUUGGGCAGCUGUUCUUGCAGAUGCAGGAACUUGUUUGCUUGUGAUACUCAAUAGUAUGAUGCUUCUACGUGACGAGAGUGAAGUUGAGUCUGCAUGUUACCGUACUUCUCCUUCUUCCUCUUCUUCUUCGCCGGUGAAGCUUGAGGAUGAUGAAACAGAGGAUCUAGAAGUGGGCUUGCUGCAGAAGAGUGAGGAGACAAGUAAAAAAGGUUGUUGUUCUGGUUGUUGUAGUGCCCCUAAGGACGAUCAACAAAAGUGA